UGUUGUUUAAUAUGUAGGACUUUCUUUAAAAAAAAAUCAAUGUGCUGCAAUAAAUUUAAAGAAAUCAAAUAACAGAAUGAAUGCACUAUUCUUGAUAUUUAGGGUUAAUUGAUGGACAGGUGACUUAAAUGUUUAAAAUGUUGAAAAGUCAUAGUAUAUACACAGUCUGGUUGUGUUGAUGCUGCAUGCUUCUCAGCCUCUUUCCCUUUAAGAGCAAGGACAAGAGGAGCAUCAGUGGGGGAGGGGUAUCGGCUGGGGUGGAACAGUCCAGUAAUGAGCACAUUCUGAGCAUCAUAUGGCUUAAGACAAUAUAACAUCCGUUUAUAUGUCUCUAUAACCCCCCCGCCCACAAAAAAGACGGGGGCGUUGGGGAGGGAGCAGGAUCACUUGGACAUUCUUAUCUUUUUUUUUUUUUAAUCAGUCUUCCAGGGAAGGAGCUUCACCUCUACAUCAAAGCAGGAGAGAGAGCGAGAGAGAGAGAACGAGAAGCAGGAGCAACGAGAGAAAUGCUGUGCCAGAUAGGUCUUGAUAGGGAAAGCAAAGCGCCGAUGCGAGCUUCUGCCUGGCGGGGCCGUGUGGAGAGAGACAGAGAAGUACACCAUCUGCAUGCCCAUGGGAAGAAGCAGGCGUAAUAAAGGCAUCCAUUACCACAGGCCCGGCACAGACAGCGAGGAGCUGUAACGUUUGGAUAAGAGCCUGAUUAGUUGGGUUGCAUCCCUUUUCCCUUUUGCCUUGAAAGAUCCUUUUGUCUCCCUGACAAGAUUCGAGACUCGAGAUACGGGGAGGAAAGCUGCUUUAGCAUUACUGUUUAUCACGGUCUUCCUCGCUCGUUUCGUGCUUUCUCUAACAUUCUGAGGAUUUGCCAAAACCUGUUUCAUGCAUGUCCACUGGAGGCAGGUUUGACUUUGAUGAUGGGGGGUCGUACUGUGGAGGGUGGGAGCAGGGCAAGGCUCACGGCCGAGGGGUCUGCACAGGGCCCCAGGGCCAAGGGGAAUACGCAGGGGCCUGGAGCCAUGGAUUUGAGGUUCUUGGAGUGUAUACCUGGCCCAGUGGGAACAGUUAUAAAGGAACCUGGGCGCAGGGGAAGAGGCACGGCAUCGGCGUGGAGACCAAAGGCAAGUGGGAGUAUAAGGGGGAGUGGACGCAAGGAUUCAAGGGCCGCUAUGGGAGGCUGGAAAGCAUCGGAAGCGGGGCUCGUUAUGAAGGGACCUGGAGUAAUGGCUUACAGGAUGGUUAUGGGUCUGAGACCUACUCUGAUGGAGGUACCUACCAGGGACAGUGGUUGAGUGGCAUGCGACAUGGCUAUGGGGUGCGUCAGAGUGUGCCUUAUGGCAUGGCCGCUGUCAUCUUCUCCCCUCUGCGCACCUCCAUAAACUCGCUUCGUUCUGAACACAGCGAGGGAGCUCCAACCCCCGAUGAUGGCUCUGCUGUGUGCGGGGUGGCCGGGAGCCCGGUGGGGCGUGGAGGCUUUGUUCUUUGUGCCCAAAGUGAUGCUGACCGGCAACGAAAGAGGAAAGGGCGUUUCCGGCAGUCCAUCCUUAGUGGCCUGAAAUUACGCCGUUCUGAGUCCAAGAGCUCCCUGGCCAGCCAGCUAAGCAAACAGAGCUCCUUCUGCAGUGAGGCAGGCAUGAGCACGGUCAGCUCAGCUGCAUCCGACAUCAACUCUAACGUCAGCCUCGGGGAUGGGGAGACAGGAGCCAGUGUAGAUGCAACAGUCACUGAGACGUACGUGGGGGAAUGGAGGAAUGACAUGCGAACAGGUUGGGGGAUCAGUCAUCGCUCGGAUGGGCUGCGCUACCAGGGCGAGUGGUUUGGGAACAAGCGGCAUGGUUAUGGCUGCACCACCUUCCCUGAUGGAACAAAAGAGGAAGGCAAAUACAAGCAGAAUGUUCUGGUGAGUGGCAAGAGGAAGAACAUAAUACCACUGCGCACCAGCAAAAUUCGGGAGAAAGUGGACCGCGCUGUUGAAGCCUCUGAGAAGGCUGCAGAAAUUGCUAAACAGAAGGCAGAGAUUGCAUUGUCAAGAACAAGUCAUGCCCGAGGAAAAGCUGAGGCAGCUGAGGGAGUUGCACAGAGGGCCCUGGAGGAGUUUCGUCUGGCCCGGAUUAUUGCCAAAGAACUCUCCCCUUCCUUCCAUCAUUAUGGAAAUGGACUGGAAUGCCAGAGACCAAAGCAUCAAGAUAGAAAAGAGAAAGAGGUGGAAGUGAUCUCAACUGGGACAGACAGCCCAGAGCUCUGCACACCAGACACAACUCCUCCAGCCCAGACCCCAGACCUGAGUCCUGUCCUAAGCAACCCUCCAUCACCUCCAUGUACCCCACCAUCUCACCGCACCAGGAACACCUGCUUCAUGCGUCAGAGUGCUGUGGACGAACAGGGAGGGGCAGAGAUUCAGGUUCUGGUUGAAGGAAGAGGCAUGGACAAUGGAAGAGGUGGAGCACACAGUUGGACUGCAGACAUGUAUCCCAACCGACGGGGCAGCAAAGGAGACAGUAGUCGUUCUACCACACCAUCCCUACUGGAGGAGGAGAUCGGCCACAUCAAUGGACAUGAGCAAAACUCCUCAACACAUCACUCAUGGGAGAAUGGCUCUUCCAAUCACAAGCCCAUUGAGCACAUCUCCUCAGAUAAAGGAUGGGAUCACAUGCCGUCCAAUCAAAAGUCCUGGAAGCAUGCAUCCUCGAAUCACAAGUCCAGGGAAUACACAAUCUCCAAACACAGAGAAUGGGAGCAUAUUCCAUCAAGUCACAACUCUAUGGACCACAACACUUCCAAGAUCAAACCGCAAGUGCACACAUACUCUAAUCACAAGGCCUCGGGUCAUAAUUUGUCCAAUCACAAAACCCAUGAGCAUUCCUCCUCCAAUCACAAGCCAAAGGAGUAUAUCUCCACACAUGCAAAACCACAAGACCGCGCAUCCUCCCACUACAACACUAGAGAGCAUGUAUCUUCCUAUCGCAAAUCACACGAGCAUGUCCACUCCAAUCACAAACUAAGCCAGACCUUUACUAAUCAUACAGCUGGUGAAUCCAGUCUGAAUGACUACCAGCCACCAGAACAAGGAGCCAAGAGCUCCAGUCUGGGAUGGACUGUUGAGAACUCUUCCCAGUGGAUCCCCUGCCACUCACAGCUGCCUGAGAAAGACAAUGAAAAGCUGGAUGACUACCGGGUGGAAAUGAGGUUUCAGCCCCUUGACUCCAUUUCGCAGCAGCACUUUGGCUCAGGCAUGGAAUGUCCAAGUCUCCAAGGGCACAAUUCGCAGACACUACGUCAACGGAGUCAUGAAGGAAAAGAGUGGAGUCUCGCAGCCAGGGAAGGAUCCAUGGAUUCUGUGCAGAUGCUGGACAGCCUGAAUGUCGGGGUGGAUUUGGAGGAAUGGCCGUUGCACAGGGAUGUCACCCUUUCUCCCCCUUUAACAUCCUCUCCAAUCACUCUAGAAAACGAUGGAGAGCAUCUGAACCUGGUCAAAACAAACUCAGGCUCCAGCUCUGUCCUGGUGGUCAUGGUGAUUUUACUCAACAUUGGUGUAGCCAUUUUAUUCAUUCAUUUCUUUAUUUAAACACAAUGGCCUAGAGAAUGUUAAUAACAGCACUUACUAUUAUGAAAAAGUAAGAUAUGCACAUGCUGCACACU